CCGCCCCUAAGUGCAGCCGGUGGGAGGGGACAGGGGAGAAGGCAGGUUCGGGGCGGGAAUGGCUCCCUGAGCAGCAGCGAGAGAUGGGCCCUGGGGAUCCCGGCACCAUGUUCCCCCCCGUCCCGCUCGUUGCUUUAGUGGCCGCCGCUCUGCUGAUCGGGGGGUUCCUGGUGCGACAGAUCGUAAAGCAGAGGAAACCCCGCGGCUUCCCCCCGGGACCCCCCGGACUCCCCCUGAUUGGGAACAUCCUGGCCCUGGCGUCCGACCCCCAUGUCUACAUGAAGAAGCAAAAUUUUUAGUCUUGAUUUGGGGGGGAUAUCCACUGUGGUGCUGAAUGGAUACGACGCAGUGAAGGAAUGCCUGGUGCGCCAGAGCGACGUCUUCGCAGACCGACCGUCCCUCCCGCUGUUCAAGAAACUGACAAAUAUGGGAGGCCUCCUCAAUGCCAAGUACGGUCGCUGUUGGACAGAACACAGGAAGUUGGCCGUUAGCUGUUUCCGUACCUUCGGUUGCAGCCAGAAGUCCUUCGAGAGUAAGAUUUCGGAGGAGUGCCUCUUCUUCCUCGAUGCCAUUGACUCGUAUAAAGGAAAAGCCCUGGACCCCAAGCACUUGGUCACCAUCGCCGUGUCCAACGUGUCCAACCUGAUCCUGUUUGGCGAGCGCUUCCGCUACGACGACAACGACUUCCUGCACAUGAUCGAGAUCUUCAGUGAGAACAUUGAGCUGGCCACCAGCGCCUGGGUCUUCCUCUACAACGCCUUCCCCCUUAUUGGGUUCCUGCCUUUUGGGAAGCACCAGCAACUGUUCCGGAACGCCUCCGAGGUCUACGACUUCCUCCUCCAGAUCAUCGGGCGCUUCUCGGAAAACCGCAAGCCGCAGUCGCCCCGCCACUUCAUCGACGCCUACAUGGAUGAGAUGGAGAGGAACGAGGCGGAUCCCGACAGCACUUACUCCAUGGAGAACCUCAUCUUCUCGGUCGGCGAACUCAUCAUUGCCGGAACGGAAACCACCACUAACGUUCUACGAUGGGCGAUGCUCUUUAUGGCGCUUUAUCCAAACAUUCAAGGCCAAGUCCAGAAGGAAAUAGAUGGAGUUGUUGGGCUGAACCGAAUGCCGACGUUUGAGGAGAAGUCUAGGAUGCCCUACACGGAGGCGGUUCUGCAUGAAAUCCUGCGCUACUGCAACAUCGCCCCCUUGGGGAUCUUCCAUGCAACCUCCAGGGACACUGUUGUGCGAGGUUAUUCAAUCCCAGAGGGAACCACGGUCAUCACAAACCUGUACUCGGUGCACUUUGAUGAGAAGUAUUGGACCGACCCGGAGAUAUUUUAUCCGGAGAGGUUUCUGGACAGCGCGGGGCAGUUUACAAAGAAAGAAGCUUUUGUGCCUUUCUCUUUGGGGCGGAGACACUGCCUCGGGGAGCAGCUCGCCCGGAUGGAGAUGUAUCUGUUCUUCACGGCGCUACUGCAACGCUUCCACCUCCAUUUCCCUCAGGGCUUCGUGCCCAACCUCCGGCCCAAGCUGGGGAUGACGUUACAGCCGCACCCCUACGUUAUCUGCGCGGAGAGACGCUGAGGGCGACUGGCACAUUCCCGGGACCCUCAUCCCAUUAACUCUGCUGGUUGGGGCACCUUUACCUGGAGCAGCACGCGGGGCUAGUGGGGCCCUCCGGCCUCUGUCUGAAGCUGCCAUGUUGCAUGACUUCUAUGGAUGCCCAAGUGCCCUGGUACCUUGUACUCCAUUCACCCAACCAGAGCCAAGAUAUUAUUCUCUGCAACGGCAGGAAAACUCCAGCACUUGAUUGGGCCUCAAAGGGAAAGUCCAACUUAACUUAUAAUUCCAAAAUUUCCCUUUUUAAAAUAUUUGCUUUUUAUUUCAUUAAUCAGUGCUGGGCAAUAAAUGUAUCCGGUUUUAUAAACAUA